GUUCUUAAUGUUUUGUAGACUCAGUGUAUAGCACUACAGAUAAUCAAGUGCUAUUUGCAUGUGAUGCAUUUGCUCUGUUGUUUUCAGGAUGGUUUGUAUCUUAUAGAGCGUGGCUUUAGGGGAAUAGUAUGGUCACAUCUAGAUUAAAACGAAUGUAAAAAAUUAAGAGUAAAUGUGUAUUAAACACACUACCUAUUCAUAGAAGUAUUUAUUCAUAAUCUACAUAUUCAUAUUAAGCUUCUACGUCUGUGUACAGGAACGUAUUAUUUGUAAGACGUAAGAGAAAAUAUAUCAGCUUAUUGUUAACAUUUUUUGACGUUAUUUCCAAUACAAAAAGUGUAGUAACUUGUUUCCAAACUGCGUUACCCACUCCAGUCAUCAGAUGGCGGAUCUGCGUCUUUCAGACGAUGCUUCUUGCGUGACGUAUAAUGGACGGGACGCUUCUUCAGGAACAACAACACGGCUACUCUUUCAACCACCUCGGUAGCUUGCUAGCCAACAUAAAACUGAAAGAUUGACGCUUUAGACCAUGUUAAUGUACAUUAGCUUAUCUCAGUGUUUUGAGCACAUUUCUGUUGACGUGUCAACUGGUUAACUUGAACCUAAUUUGCUUGUUCAAUUUGCAAACAUGUUAAAGAUUGAUGCUGAGCCUAGUACUAGGCUAGUCGCUAAUGCUAACUAGCUAGCUAACAUCACUGACCAUGAGUUCACUAAACUACUCCUACCCUGCUAAAGAAGAUGAGGUUUGCUUUUUGGAGAAAGAAGCUCUGGCGCUGAACAUUGUUGUGGAAGAAAAUGAGGAGGAUAUUACAGUGAAAGGAGAGAAAGAACCUUUCAGAAUGAAAAAGGAGGAAGAGGAGGUUGUUAUAGGGAAAGAAGAGAAAGAACCGUUUAGAGAGGAAGAGGAUGCUAUCUCAAUAAAGGUGAAGAAGGAAGACGUUUUGGGAGUGAAAGAGGAGGAGACAGAAGAUCAGAUUAACACCAGAGAGAGACAUGACUAUUGUGGAUCCUCUGGGGAACCUCAACAACAUCCUGAUGCUGACGAGGCAGAGAAGAGUCUCUCCAGAUCAGAACACCAGAUGGACAACGCUAGCCCGCCCCCUUCCUCCCUCCCAGAGUCCCCGUGUCGUGCCUCUCCCGGUAGCGCCUUACUGCUGGGUAUGAAGAGGUUGUCUGUACUUCUGGUGGACUGCAGGAAAACAACGGGGCUGAGUGGAACUGUGAGAGGAGGAGAAGAGAAGAAAGGAUCAGAUUUGACACAUCGAAGAGGAAAACCAAACUUGGAGGAACCAAAGACAUCCAAACCAGCAAGACAACACCUCUGCUCCCAGAUUGGAAAGAGUUUUACCAAGUUAGGAAGCCUGAAAAGACAUGAGAGGACACACACAGAACCGAAGCCACAAAAUUGCGCCCAGUGUGGAAAGAGUUUUAGCCACUUAGGAAAUCUGAAAGCUCAUGAGCGAACACACACACGGGAUAGGCCUUUCCAUUGCUCCCAGUGUGGAAAGAGUUUUAAGCGGUUAGACACCCUCAAAACUCAUGAGCAAAUACACACAGGGGAGAAGCCAUACCAUUGCGCCCAGUGUGGAAAGAGUUUUAGCCAGUCAGGAAGCCUGAAAGUUCAUGAGCGAAUACAUACAGGGGAGAAGUCAUACCUUUGCGCCCAGUGUGGAAAGAGUUUUAGCCAGUCAGGAAGCCUGAAGGAACACAUGAGACUGCACACAGGGGGGAAGCCUUACUACUGCUCACAUUGUGGAAAGAGUUUUAACCAUUUAGUUAGCAUGAAAAGACAUGAGAGGAUACACACAGGAGCGAAGCCACACCCUUGCUCUCAGUGUGGAAAGAGUUUUAAGCGGUUAGACACCCUCAAAGCUCAUGAGCGAAUACACACAGGGGAGACACCUUACCAUUGCGCCCAGUGUGGAAAUAGUUUUCGCCAGUCAGGAAGCCUGAAAGUUCAUGAGCGAAUACACACAGGGGAGAAGCCAUACCAUUGCGGCCAGUGUGGAAAGAGUUUUAGCCUUUUAGAAAGCCUGAGAGUUCAUGUGAGAAUCCACACAGGAGAGAAUACUUACUCAUCCUACAAACCGUUUGUCAGGGAUAACACUGAGCGUCUUUGUGGUAUUAAAGCUAUCACCAGCGAAGAACGCUGUAGAGCCAAACUAACAGCCAGGGAUGGGGCCACCACCACACAAGUGGAGGUGGUAGGGAACCGAUGGUUGGUCAACACACCGUUCGCGUCCGCCACUAUGACUUACGUACGCCAUGACUCCAUCACCCAAUUGAACCUCCCCAACCAGACUGUUUUUAUUAAGACGGAGAAAGAAGCUCUGGUGAAAGAAGACGAGGAAGCAUUCAGAAUGGAAGAGGAGGAAGAGGAGGCUAUUACAUUGAAAGAAGAAGAGGAUGAUUUUACAGUGAAACAGGAAAAUGGGAAAGACGUUGUCAGAGUGGAAGAGGAGGAGGUAGAAGCUUUCAGAAUCAAAAAGGAGGUAGAUGCCAUAACAUUAAAAGAAGAAAAUGUAGUGAAAGAAGAGGAAGAACAUUUUGGAGUGAAAGAGGAAGAUGAGGCUAUCUCAGUAAAAGAGGAGGAGGAAGACGUUUUAGGAGUGAAAAAGGAGGAGGAGGAGUCAGAAUAUCCGAUUACCACCAGAGAGAGACAUGACUAUCAUGGGUCCUAUGGGGAGCCUCAACAACAUCCUGAUGCUGACGAGUCAGAGAAGAGUCUCUCCAGAUCAGAACACCAGAUGGACAAUGCUAGCUCACCCCCUUCCACCCUCCUGGAGUCACUGUGUCGUACCUCUCCCGGUAGCGCCUUACUGCUGGGUAUGAAGACAUUGUCUGUGCUGCUGGUGGACUGCAGGAAAACAACGGGGUUGAGUGGAACUGUGAGAGGAGAAGAGAAGAAAGGAUCAGAUUUGACUCAUCAAAGAGAAAAACCAAACUCGGAGGAACCAGAGCCAGAGACGUCCAAACCAGCUAGACAACAACACCUCUGCUCCCAGAUUCAAAAGAGUUUCAUCAGGUUAGGAAGCCUGAAAGCUCAUGAGCGAAUGCACACAGGGGAGAAGCCACACCAUUGUGCCCACUGUGGAAAGCGUUUUAAAAGGUUAGUUAACAGGAAAAGACAUGAGAGGAUACACACUGGAGCGAAGCUAUACCAUUGUGCCCAGUGUGGAAAGAGUAUUACCCACUUAGGAAAGCUGAAAGCUCAUGAGCGAACACACACAGGGGAGAAGCCUUUCCAUUGCUCCCAGUGUGGAAAGAGGUUUAAGCGGUUAGACACCCUCAAAGCUCAUGUGCGAAUACACACAGGGGAGAAGCCAUACCAUUGCACCCUGUGUGGAAAGAGUUUUAGCCAGGUAGGAAACCUGAAAGCUCAUGAGCGAAUACACACAGGAGAGAAACCUUUCCAUUGCCCCAAGUGUGGAAAGCGUUUUAGCCAGGUAGGAAACCUGAGAGCUCAUGAGCUUACACAUACAGGGGAGAAGCCUUUCCAUUGCGCCCAGUGUGGAAAGAAUUUUAAGCGGUUAGAUACACUUAAAGCUCAUGAGCAAAUACACACAGGGGAGAAGCCAUACCAUUGCACCCUGUGUGGAAAGAGUUUUAGCCAGUCAGGAAGCCUGAAAGUUCAUGAGCGAAUACAUACAGGGGAGAACCCAUACCAUUGCGCCCUGUGUGGAAACAGAUUUAGCCGGUCAGGAAGCCUGAAGGAACACAUGAGACUGCACACAGGGGAGAAGCCUUACAAGUGCUCAGACUGUGGGAAGACAUAUUGCUCAUCACAGUCACUUAAAAGUCAUGUUAAAAUCCACACAGGAGAGAAUAAUGACUUCUCCUAGUGUGUAAACUUGUAUUUCACAUCACAUUGACUUAAUUACUUCUCUUAGUGUGUAAAUUGAUAUUUCACAUCACAUUGACUUAAAAUUAAUCAGAGAACAUACACAGUGUUCCCGUUGUCUUAUAUUGUUGACUGAGAAUGUUUUUACCUGUUUAUACCAUAUGAAAUUAAAUGGUACAAAGUAUACUCAAACAUAUAUUUGUAUGUUUUUGUUAUAAAACAUGAAUUGAAUAUGGAGUUUGUCAGUUUGAAUAUAAAGUAGAUCAGAUUCCAUGUGUUUAAAUGGUCCUUUUUAAACUCUAUGUGUGUGUUUAUCUGGGUGUGUCAUUCCUCCAGCACUACAGAUAAUCAAGUGAUUUUUGGAUGUGAUGCAUUUGCUCCAUUGUUUACAUUUGCAUUGUUGGUCUACUGAUGAUUUUAUUAAAUGAAAAUAUUCAGACUCUGUAAUGGAAAAUGUUAAUCGUAUGUGUCCGCAUAACUGAGUAUGUGACUAACCUUGUGAAACUGUCCUAUUAUAAUCUGCUCCUGGGAGUAUCAUCCUGCAUUGCAGACCAGCUGUUUGCACCUGUGUCCUUGUAUGAAUAAAGUCCUUUUUUGAAGUCCCAGGAACAGGAAACUAUAAAGAUAUGUGCUCAUCACUCAAUGCUUCAGGAAUUCAGACUGUCAACACUGCGCUGUGUAACUCUGUUAUUCUCUCUGAGCUCAGAAAUAAAGAGUCUUGGUUUGACUUGGACUCCACCCAACUUGCAAACUAAA